GCGCAGGGCGGUGCGCACCACCUGCCGCCCAUGUCACCGCCGUCGGGGCAGCCGCUGCUCUACGCGCAGCCCUACGCGGGCCUCAACGGGAUGCUGGGCCCGCCGGCGCCGGCGCUGCACCACGGGCUGCGAGACCCGCUGGGCGCCGAGGAGGCGGGAGGCCACGAGCUGGCGGCAUCGCCGCCGCCGCUGGGGCCGCCCGAGCCGUCGGACGAGGACGCGCCCAGCUCCGACGACCUGGAGCAGUUCGCCAAGCAGUUCAAGCAGCGGCGGAUCAAGCUGGGCUUCACGCAGGCUGAUGUGGGGCUGGCGCUGGGCACCCUGUACGGGAACGUCUUCUCGCAGACCACCAUCUGCCGGUUCGAGGCGCUGCAGCUGAGCUUCAAGAACAUGUGCAAGCUGAAGCCGCUGCUCAACAAGUGGCUGGAGGAGACGGACUCCAGCACGGGCAGCCCCACCAACCUGGACAAGAUUGCGGCGCAGGGCCGGAAGCGCAAGAAGCGGACGUCCAUCGAGGUGGGCGUCAAGGGCGCCCUGGAGAACCACUUCCUCAAGUGCCCCAAGCCCUCGGCGCACGAGAUCACCUCCCUGGCGGACUCCCUGCAGCUGGAGAAAGAGGUGGUGCGGGUCUGGUUCUGCAACCGGCGGCAGAAGGAGAAGCGGAUGACGCCGGCCGGGGUCCCGCAUCCCCCCAUGGAGGACGUUUACGCACAGGCGGACACUUCGCCGCUGCACCACGCGCUGCCCGGUGCCGUGCAGUGACUGCCCGGACCCCCGCGGCCCCGACGGCGGCGCGGCGGGCGCGGGCAGCGGGGGACGCGUUUUAAUUUAUUCUCAGACUGGCCCGGCCGCCCGCUCCGCGCCCCGCGCUCUAUUUAUUCGCCCGCCGGAGCCGCAGCGGCCGCCGCAGCAGUAGCCAAAGGUUUGCGAUCUCUAAUUUAUUCCCUUCCUCGCGCGGCCGGGAGGCGGCGGCGCCCCCGGCUCGGCCCCUCCCGCUCUGCCCGGCCCGGCCCGCCCGGGGGGACGCUUCGAAACCAUUUCCCGGCCCGUCUCUAUUUAUUUCUAACCGUGCGCGGAGCUCGCACCCUCCCGUUGGUGGGUUCAGUCCGGUCCAUUCCCUGGGGUUUCGGUUUUUGUUUGUAUCUCUUAUUGCAAAACCAAUGUAGACUGCGAGGGUACGUUUCUAUUUAUGUUAUAGUAAAUAUUUUAUUACUUACAUAAACCAUUUACCCAGGAACCGGUCUCGUGUCGUCUUUGCAGGCUCGGAGCGCGGCCGGGGGAGCGCGGCCGUCGGGGCCGGUGGUGCUGCCUUGGCCGAGGUCCCCUGCGGGAGCUCCGUUCCCGGUGUCCCGGGGAGCUCCGUUCCCGGGGAGCCCCGGGGAGCUCCGUUCCCGGUGGCCGCGGUGCCCGGCGGGGUUUGCCCGCUCGGUGAGGCACUUUCGGGCGAGCCGCUUCCCUGCGUGGAUGCGCUGCCGUGCUCCCCGCACCUCCCGCCGGGUUUUACCGAUGCGAACGUAGCUCCGAGAGCCCGGUGUGAGCAGAAAACAGCCCGCACGCAACUUUCCUCCCCGUAUAUCGCGGGGUGAAUACACGAACACCGGUGUUGCUGAGUAGAUUCCCUUCUACUCAAACCACAAUCUCGCUUUUUCUGAUGUCACCAGCUUUCCUUUUGGUGUUUUCAUGACCGAAUGUUUUGUGGUUAUGCCAAGAAAGGCUGAAAACAGAGUUUUUGCAUUCUCAGUUCUUGGAAGAAUGAUCCUGCAUCUCUACUUUAAACCUUCUCUUGCAGCACCAAGAAAAGUCGCAUGUGAGGAUUGUUUGCCUUUGCAGGUCCUUGGAUUCCUGCGGUGUUUGUGUGUUGGGAGAACUUUUGAAAUAUGUUCCCAUACAGAGCUCUUGCACUGAUUUAAAUACUUGAUCGAAAUCUGGUAGUAAAGGACCAAAUUCUUCCUUUUUAGUUGGCAAAGAAUUUACUGAUGUUCUCAGACAUCUGGCACUGGAUGAUUUCCCCACUUUAUUCAGUAUGAAUUACGUGCUGUGAAAACAGAAGCUUUAAAGGGGAUUUUCUAGCGAAAGCACUGCAUUGCAAUUAGUGUAUAAUUCCUUUUAAUAUAUAUAAAAAUUUCUAACAUGCCAAAUGUAACUUACUCUUGAAAAUUUAUACUUGAAAAUUCUUGUCUUCAUUGCAGUUAGAUUUUGUUGCAUUUUUUGCCUUUGGUGGGGGUGUAUUUUAUUUGUCUAAGCAAUGUCACGUUUCCCGUUGAUAAUGUUACAACUUACUGCAUUUUCAAUGUUUCUUAUAAUGUAGCUAUUCUCCAUCAGCUAAUACAAGAUUAUCAAGUGCGCAUUCAAAAUUCUAGUAAACUGGUUUUUGAGAUUUAAAAAUAAAGUCAC